AUGGCCGCGCGCGGAGGCGGAGGUGAGUCGGCGGCGGCCAGCGUGGCUUCGGCGGCGGGAAGGAGCGGCGGCGUAGGGAUGCGGCUCUUCUCGCCGGAGUACUACGCGCUCUGCUUCGGCGGCGGGACGCUGGCGGCCGGCACCACCCACCUCGCCAUCACCCCGCUCGACGUCCUCAAGGUCAACAUGCAGGUGAAUCCCGUGAAGUACAACACUAUAUUCUCGGGAUUGAGCGUUCUCGUGAAAGAAGAGGGUGCCUCGUCGCUGAGGAGAGGCUGGGGCGGGAAACUUUUCGGCUAUGGUGCCCAGGGCGGUUGCAAGUUUGGUUUCUACGAGUUCUUCAAGAAGCAGUACUCUGAUGUGCUGGUGGGCAGCAAUAAGAGCACGAUUUACUUUCUUAGCAGCGCAUCUGCUCAGAUCAUAGCCGAUGUUGCCCUCUGCCCGUUUGAAUCGGUGAAAGUCCGUGUGCAAACGAAUCCCAUGUUUGCGAAAGGUUUGGUCGAUGGCUUCCCAAGGGUGUAUGCAGCUGAAGGCCUGUCUGGAUUUUACAGGGGCCUUAUACCACUUUGGGGACGAAAUCUUCCAUUUUCUAUGAUAAUGUUUUCGUCAUUUGAGCAUACCGUGGACUUCCUAUACAAGAAGGUCAUUCAAAAGAGAAAAGAAGAUUGUUCAACAGCGCAGCAGCUUGGUGCUACAUGUCUGGCUGGAUAUAUAUCUGGUGCUGUUGGUACAGUUGUUUCAAAUCCUGCAGAUAACAUUGUCUCAUCUCUGUACAACAAAAAGGCUAAAAGUGUUAUACAUGCUGUGAAAAGCAUUGGAUUACGUGGAUUGUUCACAAGAAGCCUACCCAUCCGUAUCACCCUUGUAGGGCCUGUCGUAACCAUGCAGUGGUUCUUCUAUGAUUCUAUUAAGAUAUUUACUGGAUUGCCACCCAGUGGAGGGCUUCCUCGUGAACUGGAAGAAGCUAACAAAUGAUAUGACCUGUUCCACAAAAGUUCAUUGAUACAUUUUUUUGGUAUAGCGAAAUCUCUGAGAAGUAUUUUAUCCACAGUUCUGACUGAUUAUGGGAAGCGUGAGUGUGAUUUGUAGUUUAGGGAACAGCAACUAACCGAACUGUUCGAAGAUGCACCUUAGACAACCAUAAGUCCAUGAACUUUAGCACCCCUUUGGCACAUAUGUUAUAGCCUGGUGCCCUGGCGGCGUGUUCAUGUUUUGUAGUAUCUCCACUUUGAAGAUUGUUGCCAGGAAAAUGUACUUUUGCUAUGUAUACAAAUGAUUGUCCGAAAGUCCAUUGUAAAUAAUUAUGUGGAGGAUGAAAACUGGGAUCAUGAGAUUAUGUCUUAUGUUAUA